AUGGCCGAAGAGAGUAAGAAAUCAGGUGUGGUAAAGCACAUACUGCUGGCAAAGUUCAAAGAAGAAGUGUCCGAACAAAUGAUUGAAGAAUGCAUAAAGCAAUACGCAAACCUUGUUAACCUCAUACCUUCUAUGAAGUCCUUCGCUUGGGGAAAAGAUGUGAGCGUAGAGAACUUAAAUCAAGGUUUCACUCACGUCUUCGAGUCCACAUUCGAGAGCACACAGGGCAUAGCUGAGUAUCUUGCUCAUCCCGACCACGAGGCCUACGGUAUCAUAUUGCGACCUCUACUCGAGAAUGUCAUCACCGUCGAUUACGAACCGAUUGGCGUCCAACUCUAA